CAGACAUGCAUUGUCGUUUCAAGAAUACCACGACUGACAUUGAUAUUAAGAAAUCGGCUGUGUUGUCCUUCGCGUUAUGAUGGAACGUUUCCUUUCUGUAGUUUCCAGCGUCCACAGAUUAUCAGCAUGCCUUUUCUCUCGGUCUGCGCGACAGCCAUCUGCCUCCUCACUCUCCACCACGCCCACGCAUCCGUAGGCGUCCUAGACAUCAACAACCUUCUCGAACCAAACCUCGAUUCAAAAUUGCUCACUCAUCACGAGGAGCAGCGACCGUACGCACCAUGGUCACACAAACCGCACUGCACAACAUCCACACGCCUCCCAACCCUCGGCCAAAAAUACUGCGUCUACACCUCGAAUACCACCGGACCCCAUGGCCUUAGCCUCAUCUUCCCUCCAUCUUCCGCACACCUCGCUACAGAAUAUCUCGACGACAACCCCCUGGACUCAUUUCUCACCCAGGCGGAAGCAGAGAAUCUCUUUCUAGGCGACGGCCCGCCGUGGACGAUAGUCGAUAUUCCAGGUAAGGACAAGGGCGUAGUGGCAACGCGAAAGAUCAAGCAGUAUGAGACGUUCAUGGUGGAUCAAGCGGCGGUCGUUGUAGAUAUGGAGGCGGAAAAGGCGCUUUCGCAGAAGGAGAAUCAGAACUUGCUUAAAGUUGCUGUGGACAGGUUACUCGUGCCGGAAAUGAUCAGGGAUAUGAGUGGGAAGCAUGAGGGGCAUAAGCACAAGACAGCGGGGGAGAAGGAGGGUUUUGCAGGUGCUGAUGAUAGGGAAGAAGAAGAUGAAGAAGAAGGGAAGCUAGAAGAAGACGUUAUGAAAACCAACGCGUUUGGAGGGACAGUUGCGGAGGUCAACAGUCGAGUGCUGUACCCCUUGAUAUCACGAAUCAACCACGCCUGCGCCCCAAACUCCUUCGUCCUCUUCUCCCGCGCAGGCGUCUCCAUGGCAAUAAAAGCCUACCGCGACAUCGCACCCGGCGAAGAAAUCACCAUCUCCUAUCUCCUCCUCGGCAUCCCGUUUGCCAAGCGCCAACACCUCAUCCACCGCUGGGGCUUCACGUGUACUUGCGACCUGUGCAGUCUGCCAGAGAGGCAGCGCGAAGCGUCUGAUCUUCGACGAACGAUGAUCGCGCAGGCUGAGGAGAAGAUGAUUGAGCUCGCGGAAGCAGGGGAGUUUGAUGAUGCUGUCGCGCUUGCCGAAGAGGCUGUUGAGAUGAUAAGGGAGGAAGGAAUAUACCCCACGCUUACGGACUCGUAUGCUAUGCUCGCUAUGCUGUAUCGCGAGAAAGGCGAUCGCGCCAAAUCCGAAGAGUACGGGCGCAAAACGCAGCAGUUACUAGGCGACUUGGGUUUCCUGGGGGUGGGCGAAGAGAGGCAGGCGUGGAGCUUGGAGAAGAUGAUGGGGAACAUUGAGGAAUCUGGGGGCAUAGGGAGCAAAUGGACGAAGGGGCCAGCGAAAGCAUGAGUGUUGCAGAGUGACAUAUGGUGUUCGAUAGGUUUACUAUUAACUGGGAGCGGGUUGAUGGCUUGAUAGAUGAAGAGAGGGUAGGUAGGGUAGACAGGGUAUAGUAACAUAAGCAAGCUAAAGAAACUCCACCUUCAUUGACUAAAUCAACAUUUCUACAACUCUUCGUCUUACUCAGUACCAGCCGCCGCACCACAUCCAGC